GGCUGCUGAAAAAAGGGUGGUGGCAGAAGUAUCGUUCCCGCGCUGACAUCGAGCGAGAUGAUGUCGAGUUGCGUCCGGCGCUUGGCCAUGACCUCAAAGAUGAACCUUGUCAUCGGUGCCAAUGCAAUGCAUGUUGCGAAUGGCAAUGCGAUGAGCCUGCGGCCUUGGACGGUGCUCUCGCUGACGCACGCCCGUGCGCUGUCGAUUGAAGUCCCUCGACCUGUCGUGUCUACCUCGUGUGUGUGGAUUGGCGGCCUCCCUUACGACUCAAAGUACAACGACGUUCGUCAGCGAUUUGAGUUGCAUGGCAAGAUCAAGAAGCUCGAGUUCCCCACAACGCCAGACGGACGCAGCAAUGGCACGUGCUACAUCACGUACGAGACCCCCGAAGAAGCUGCCCUCGCGUUGUCCGAGAACGAAAGCAUGUUUGGGUCGCGAUGGAUCCGCGUCAAGCACCUUCGCGACCUCAACACCAACGCACGAUCUGCCAACACGAACUCCACGCCCAACUCGAAAGUGUUUAUCGGCAACUUGCCGUACAACUUCACCGAAGGCGACGUGACCGAGCUCCUGUCGUCUUGCGGUACAGUCUUGAAUGUCAAUUUGGUGGUGGACAACGAGAACAAGUCCCGAGGAUUCGGUUUCGCCCAUUUUGAGACUGCAGAAGCCGCUGCCGCCGCCGUCAAGCUCAACGGCACGUUCCUCCAAGGACGCCCCGUCAGCAUCAACUACUCGUUACGUGCGCCUGCCCAGGGUCGCGGCACCGCGAUGGCUGACACCAUCUUUGUGGCGAACCUUCCCCACGACGUCGAAGAAGAAACCCUCGAGUCGAUGUUUGACCACUGCGGCGCCAUCGAAAGCAUCCGGCUGGCGAAGGACCAAGAAACGGGUCGGUCCCGUGGCUUUGCCCACAUCACGUUCGCCAUGCCGGAAGGCGCAAAGAAAGCGAUCGGUCUCAACGGCGCCCAGAUUGAUGCCAACACGAUCGGCGUCGAGUUGGCCAUCACCAAGGCGCAGAAACGAAGGCGCUGGGACAACAAGUCGGACACACCCUCUGUCGACACCGAAUAGAUCAAUAUACAAUCGCCGUUGCGAAGGAUCGAGCUGGUGGCAGCACGGGAUAGCAGCGUUGAGUGGUUCCAUGGACAGACACAGUCCGCGCAAGGUUGAGAAGAGUCGUGUAUGGGGCGAUGGGCAUGUAGUGAGUGGGCAAUG